UGGUUUCGCUACGUCGACACAGACACACCUGACGGAGAACGGCGAGUCUGGUCUCUUAAAAAGGACCCCCUUUCACCCUCUCCUCCAAACGGUUCCUCUCGCUCGCCGCUCGCCAAGAGCAACAAGUGUGACACACACGCUACGUCUUCGAGCAACAAGUGGGUAGCGGAAAACUGCUACUCGGAGAGCUCGACCUAGGACUUUUUUCUCUCGAAAGGAGAUCCUACCGAGCAUCCCUUCCCCAGUCCUUAGUUACCAGUCGCCUCCAAGUAUGUCCCGCACCGCCAACCUCAUGUUCACCGUUCUUCUCGGUCUUAUCGGGCUCACACUAUCCGCUCACGUGCAGCCCAUCCAGGAAAGCGAACUCUCUAGCGUACCAGAGAGGCUACGCGAGUUCCUGCUCAUCAGACGUUUGAUCAACAACUUGAAGGUCGUCGAAGCUGGUCACGAGAUCCCAGCGGCCGUUGAAGACCCAUCAAGAAUCCGCCUCGAGCACGAGCUGCAGAUGCUCGCCAAAGCCCUCGAGGCCGACAUGGACUUCGAGGACCUGCACGUGUCGACCCGCGCCGUCCGCUCCUUCUGCGCCGGCAACGGGAGCAGGCAGUGCCGCCUGCUUUCGCGCUUGCUCCGACGGCGACAUCGGCGGCAACGGCGAGGACUCCCACUUCAUCGAGAGCGGAAUGAACCCCGGGAAGUAGGAGGUCGGGUUCGGCCCUCCCGACGCCCGACACCCGACGCCCGACACCCGACGACGACCACGAUUGCCAUGCCGUCUUUGAUUGAUGCCAUGAUACUCUACACUGUCCUCUGCAAGAUUUCUGCAUCUCUGCUGAUAUUAUAUUACCCUGUACAUUAUCAAAAAAUAAAACUACAAUGAAAAAUUAUAUACGAGCCUAUAAUUGUAUGAUAUGAAGAUACUGAUUUCAAGAAUUCUGUCUUUAUUUUUAUUACGUAUAUAAAAUGAUGGAAGAGUCUAGAAACGCGGACACUACUUGAGGAGAAAGAGCAAAUCUUGCCUUGUUUCCCGCCUUCGUUGAGGUGUACGGGUGUAAAAGCAUUUCGCUCUGAUGUCUUUUAUGUUGUUAGCGUGAGCACAAUAAAAUGAUAAACUAACUUCAUGAUAUUGUUUAUGAAAUGCUCAAACAUAAGACAUAUGAACAUACAUAUUUUAUUUCCUUUUAGGCAUGUUUCUAUCUCUUCUUUUCUACUUAUACUUCCCUAUCUUUCUAUAUUUCUCUUCGUUUUCCCAUUCGAUAUCCGUAGGAUGAAUAGAACUAGUUGCCUUAAUUUCUCUUUCAAGGUAUGCUUUUGGGGCUGGCUAUUAAUAUAAUAUAUAUAAUAUAUACUGUACACAUAUACCUCUGACCGUUUUCUAUAACUGUGUUUCGAGGAGACUGCUCACCUGGUAACGGGAAAAUGACACUUCCAGCGGAGGGAAAUAGGGUCGGAUUCGGUCUGCCACGAAGUUGAAUGAGACGAGCAUCAUAAUCUCAGACUUGGAUAAAAAGAAUGAGCUUGGCAAAGAAGAGAAAUGAUUGUAAAUACACAAUAUUUCAAAUAAACGAAAACAAUAGC